AUGGGGAAUACUACACCUAAACCACUAAUAGAUGUGAGCCUGCAGCACCGUCCAGUGGCCAAUCGGCAGUACUACACACUGGCCAGCAAUGGUGUGGAGCGGCGUACUUCUGCCCCACCAGUCAACAUUAGCAUUGAGUCACCCCGCUUCCACCCACAUGCCAAGGGCAAGAACAUCCGCCUGGAUGCUCAGCUGCGCCGCGCGACACGCAAGAACAGCUUUUGCAAUGGCAUUACUUUCAGCCAGCGCCCCGUGCGCCUCUACGAGAAGGUGCGAUUGCGACUUUCAGGUGUCCACACCGGCUGGAGCGGAGCUCUACGCUUUGGUUUUACCAGUCUGGACCCUGGUGAGCUGGCUUCGUCAGAUAUCCCCAAGUACGCUUGUCCGGAUUUGGUGACUCGACCAGGAUACUGGGCCAAAGCCCUGCCAGAGAGACUCGCCCUGCGGGACAACGUGUUGGCUUUCUGGGCAGACAGGCACGGCAGGGUUUUUUACAGCAUAAACGAGGGUGAGCCCAUCCUCUUCCACUGUGGGCUGAGUGUGGGUUGCCCUCUCUGGGCCAUCAUAGACAUCUACGGCAUUACGCAGGAGGUAACUUUGCUUGAGAGCACUUUUGCUGAGAGUGUUGGAGCGAGCUGUCUGAGUACCGCCCGGCUUAGUGCCUACCUGCCUCAGAGCAACCAUGACUCAGCCAAUUACAACAACAACCAGCUGGAGACCAAUCAGGCUGCCGCCGCCAAGAUCGCCACCUUACAACUCAGCAACUACAAUCAGCUCAUCCCAUGCUGCUCCUCAUCCACCCCUUCCUCCUCCUCUUCCUCCUCCUUCACCAUCCAAAGGGCUGCUCGGGGGCUUCCCUCACCCCUUGACACCGACCUGCACUUUCACCCCAUGCGCGGUGCUGAUAUUGUUCUCUCUACUGAUCGCACGACUGCCUGCAUCCACUUUCUGGACAGCAGUCGAACGCUGGUUUUUAGUGACCGGCCCAUUCGCGUCGGUGAGACUCUGUUUGUGGAGGUGGGCCAUCUGGGCCUGCCUUACUUUGGAGCGCUCCUGUUCGGAAUGACCUCCUGCGACCCGGGCACACUCCAUGCCAGCGAGUUGCCAGUGGACCCAGAAGUCCUGUUGGACCGUAAAGAGUACUGGGUGGUGUACCGUGGUUUUCCUGUGCCAGCUGCAGGCGAUGUACUCAGCUUCACCCUGCUUGCCAACGGAGAGGUGCAUCAUGGAGUCAACGGCGUGGUGCGUGGACGUCUGCUGUGUGUAGAUUCCUCCCAAGUCCUCUGGGCGUUCUUCACUCUCCACGGCAGUGUCAACCGACUGAGGAUCUUAGGAACUCUGCAGACAAGUCCCUCCACAUCCCCCUCCAUCUCUCAGGGAGGCACUCCCGACGAUAGUGACUCUGACCUGGCUUUCAGCGUCAACAGAUCCUCAUCUGCCUCAGAAUCCUCUCUGGUGACGGCUCCCAGCUCUCCUCUCAGCCCUCCCGUCUCACCAACUCUCAGCUCUCCAGAGUUGCCCGUGGGGAACAAAAACGGCGAGUGCACGGUUUGCUUUGACCAGGAAGUAGACACGGUCAUCUAUACCUGUGGACACAUGUGUCUCUGUAAUGACUGUGGGCUUAAGCUGAAGAGGCAGAUAAAUGCCUGCUGUCCCAUCUGCCGGCGCCCCAUAAAAGACGUUAUUAAGACUUACCGGCCGUGA